AUGGUGAAGCUAACGCCAGAGUUGAUCAACCAAUCGAUGCAGUACAUAAAUCCGUGCCGGGAGCGCGAACUGGAUUUGCGCGGCUACAAGAUUCCACAAAUUGAGAACCUGGGCGCCACAUUGGACCAGUUCGAUACCAUCGACCUCUCCGACAAUGAUCUGCGCAAGCUGGAUAAUUUGCCGCACCUUCCGCGCCUCAAAUGCCUGCUUCUGAACAACAACCGCAUUCUGCGGAUCAGCGAGGGCUUGGAGGAGGUGGUGCCCAACUUGUCUUCACUUAUUCUAACCGGAAACAACCUGCAAGAGCUGAGCGACCUCGAGCCGUUGACAGGAUUCACCAAACUGGAUACCAUUUGCCUGCUGAUCAAUCCAGUGUCCACGAAGCCCAAUUACCGGGAGUACAUGGCCUACAAGUUCCCGCAGCUGAGGCUGCUCGACUUCCAUAAGAUAAAACAAAAAGACCGGCAGGCAGCCCAAGAGUUCUUCCGAACGAAACAAGGCAAGGACAUGUUGAAGGAGGUCAGUCGGAAAUCCAAACUGAGUGCCGCCGCUGCCUUGGCUGCCGAAGCAAGCAGUGGUAAGGGCAGGGGGGCAGAUGGAGGACGGUUGGCCAACCCAGAGGACAUGCAGCGCAUCCGUGAAGCUAUUAAACGUGCCAGCUCGUUGGCGGAGGUGGAACGGUUAUCGCAAAUCCUGCAGAGCGGGCAGCUUCCGGAAAAAUUCCAGCAUGAGCAGGAAGCAGAAUCAGCACCUGGACAAAAUGGAUCGACGCAUAACGGCGCGGGGGCCGUGGCCAUGGAAUACUAGUAUCCUUUCUGUCCGCCGACCUGUCAGCUACCUUUUAAUCGUAGACCAAUACUUAAAAUAAAACGCCGUAACAAGUUA